AUGUUCCAGACACAACUUACUCAUGGACACAAGUUGUGUGCUGGAACAGUUCCGGAUUCCAGUUCACAUAGAAGACGUCAAAGUAGUGGCAAACUGAGUCAUAGUCAAUCCAAAACACCCCGUUAUCCACAGCCUGAGCCGAAGAAAGGUCGUAGUUCAGUUUGGCUUGUAGUUGAGGGGUCCAGUUGCGUGAAUCAUGUUCAGAAAAGUUUCCUUUCCAGCGCAAGUGACUCCAGGGAUUCUUCAGCAGUCGUCACUUUUAGAGCUCAUCAGGCGAGCAUGUCGACUGUCGUUCUGAAGUUCCCUUGCUUUCAUAUUGGAGAGGCCAAGUGUAAACGGAUGACCGUGUAA